AAAAAGAAGGAAAGGAGGAGAAGAACCAGGAAGCUUUGAAAAAAAUGUGAGGUGCCACGACUAUUUAACAGUAGAAUGGACAAGGUGAUCAACUGCUUCAGUAAGAGACCUGAUGCCGUGGCCAGGCUGAUAUGCUUCCCAUGGGCAGGUGGAGGCUCCAUACACUAUGCACGCUGGGGGAAAAUCCUCACCUCCAUUGAAGUGUAUGCUGUUAAACUUCCUGGCCGGGAGGCUCGAGCCAAAGAGCCCUUCUUUCAAAGCAUGGAGCAGAUUGUAGAUGAGGUCAUCAAUGUGCUACUGCCGGUGCUCAAGGAGAAACCGUUUGCCCUCUUUGGCCACAGCUUUGGCGCCAUGACCAGCUUUGCUAUAGCAGAUACUUUGAAAAGAGUCCACAAGUUGGAACCAAUUCACAUCUUCCUGUCUGGUGCCUCUGCACCCUACUCUGAGAUGCGUAUCCAAGCCCCAAAGAGAAGUGAUUUAUCAGACGAGGAGUUCCUCCAGUGGAUGACCAGGAUUGGUGGGACUCCCCCCGAGUUACUGGCCAAUCCUGAGGUUGUAAAGCUCUUCCUACCUGCGCUGAAAGCCGACCUCCACGUGGUGGAGAACUACAGGUGUGACAGGCCAGAGAGUCCUCUCCUCUCAUGCCCAGUCACAUGCUUCGAUGGAAAGCAGGACAUGCCUCAUGACUUACAAGCAUGGAAAGACAUAUCAUCUGGAGAUUUUACAGUGCAAAUGCUACCUGGAGCUCACUUUUAUUUAAAAGAUGCAGCCAAUGAGAAGAUCAUAUUGGACUACAUCACAAAGUAUCUGGAGAUGGCGGAAAUGGACUACUUGUAGCUAUGACGGGCACAGUGGCAGUAAAGGAAAUGUAUCAUGUUAUGUUUUCAUUGUAGUAACACAACUAGUUUUACUUAGUCCAAUAAGCAUUUCAACAGUAGUAUCUAUGCCUUGGAGCAAUAAUGCAAAUUAAGUAGGGAAGUAGGGUUUGUUGACCAUGUGAAUCUAGCCAAUGCGUCUAAGAUUUUACGAGUGAUGUAAGAUGUAUUACAGCCUAAAAUGGAAUCCAGAGAGAUUGCCUGACUAGUCCUCAAAUCAAAUAAAUCAAAUUUUAUUGGUCAC